AUGAGCGGAGACGAGAGCUUGGUGGAAGCGGCGCUCCGAGUUUUGAACACGGCGGACCCGUUCGAGAAGGCCCGAGUUGGCGACUCGGUGGCCGCUCAGUGGCUCGGAGGGGCCAUCACUCGCGCCUACGACGCUUCCGUGGACCUUCCCGUACCGGAUCGUCCUGCCAGGCUCAGCAACGUGAAGUUGGUGGCGCCGGGGCUGAUGCCGAAGCUGGGAAAAGGCGGGAGCUUGCAGAGCAGGCAGGCCAUAGUGCAUAGCCUCGCUCACACUGAGAGUUGGGCUAUUGACUUGUCUUGGGACAUAAUUGCUAGGUUUGGGAAGCAAGAGGCAAUGCCGAGUGAGUUCUUCACGGAUUUCGUAAAGGUGGCUCAGGACGAAGGUCGUCACUUCACUCUCCUCGCAACUCGGCUUGAGGAGAUGGGUUCUUUCUAUGGAGCCUUGCCGGCUCAUGACGGCCUCUGGGCCUCUGCCGCUGCCACUUCCAAAGACCUAACAGCACGCCUGGCUGUCGAGCAUUGUGUGCAUGAGGCAAGAGGGCUGGAUGUGCUGCCAACAACCAUCUCCCGGUUCCGAAAAGGAGGCGACGACACAACAGCUGAUUUGCUAGAGAGCGUGGUUUACCCUGAAGAAAUAACCCACUGUGCUGCUGGAGUGAAGUGGUUCAAGUAUCUUUGCAUGAGGCUGGUGUCUGAUGAGGAAGAAGAUGAAGUGAUUAAAAAGUUUCAUGCCAUUGUGAGGACGUAUUUCAGGGGGCCUUUGAAGCCUCCUUUCAAUGAAGAGGCGAGGAAAGCUGCUGGGUUUGGGCCUCGCUGGUAUGAGCCUCUUGCUGUCAAAGAGCAGGGCACCAACCCUACCAAGCAUGAGGGAGCAUGA